AAUCUGAGCUACCCAAAACACAUUUGCUGUUUCUACACGCUCUUGAGGCAGUCUCAAAGGCGAAGCCAAGGCUUUCUGAUUGCUAAAAUAGCGCGAACAUGGGCAUUCGCCAUUGAUGAGAAAUAGUUCCCUUCUCCAAUUCCCCACUUGCUCCGUUACGACCUCAAUGUCGAACCCUGGGUCAUCCGUCCCUUCGCGCGACCAUACACCUGGUCCUGGCAACGGCCGUUUUCAGAGCUCCCGUGCAACUGCUGAGGAUGUGCUAAAAUCGCAAACGGAGGGCCUAGUGUCGCUAUCAGACUACCGGAAAAGGCGGCGUGAAGCUGUUGAACUCAAUGAAUCCGGCAGGAACAGUGCAGUGCCUUCGGGCGCAAACUCUCCAAGAGAUGGAGUAUCAACGACCGAUCCGCUAAAGAAAAAGUUGAAAAAGAUUGGAAAGGCAAAGCUGUCAUUUGACGCAGAAGAUGACGAAGAGGAUGGCACAAGCGCGGUUUCUAGCCCACGAUCAUUGCCGCGCACACCGGAUCUUCGCGAAGACCCUGUGGGAGGGGACCUCAGUGUUGCAAAGAAAAAACUAGGGGCUCGAGUGGGUAUAGGUUUUACGCCCAAAGCAAGGACAAAAGCGACGUUACAGCAAGAGGCUGAAAAGGCAGAGCAGCUACGCAAAGAGUUCAUCGCGACACGGGAGGCUGUGAGAAAGACAGAGAUUAUGGUUCCAUUCGUAUUCUACGACGGUGCGAUAACACCAGGUGGAAAGGUUAAGGUCAAGAAGGGUGACCAUGUCUGGUUAUUCCUCGACAAGGCGCGCAAGAUGGGCGCUGAGUUGGGAGUUGGUGGUGAUAAGGCGAGUAGUAACUGGGCUAGAGUCAGUGUGGAUGAUCUCAUGAUGGUCAAAGACGACAUCAUACUGCCACAUCACUACGAGUUUUACUACUUUGCCGCAAACAAGACAGAAGGCUACAGUGGCCCUUUAUUCAACAUCUCAGCGGAUCGCACUGCCGGGACACCACCAGAUGGGGACGAUGAGGAAGAAGAGAUCAAUCCUGCGACAUAUGAUCCAUUAGCCAAACAGAGGACAAAAGGAAUAUCCAAAUCUGUUGUCCCUGAUGAACAACUUGAAGGGUUUUAUGAUGAUCCGACCUCGACAAAAUUAGUUGAUAGGAGAUGGUAUGAGAAGCACAAACAUAUUUACCCCGCAAGUAUCUGGCAGGAGUUUGAUCCAACGAAGGAUUACAGGACUGCAAAGAGAACUGAUAGACAGGGCAACACUUUUUUCCUCUCGUAAACUUUAUUCAUCUCAAUACAAAGACCAAACAAUAUCACAGCCAUUUCGCGUUUAUUCAAGGCCGUGGUAGUGAAUUUCACGUAAGGCUGAGGAUAACAGCACAACAUUAGAAUAGAAAAUUCUAGUCUCAGAUCCGAGGCUUCCAAAAAUUUGACACUGGAGUCAAGUGAAAUUAAGUAUUGGAGAUUAAGAACGCUGAUUUUUGUGAACCAAC